UGAUCCCGAUCCUGGUCCUUGUCCCGAUCCUGAUCCCGAUCACGAACCCGCGGCCCGGCCCGGCCCGGCCCGGCUGCCCUGGCUAUGCUGUCGUGGGGAGCGGCGGGCGGGCGGGCGCUGCGCUGGGUGAACGGGCGAGCACCGGCCCGCGGGCUCCGCGCCUCUCCGCGGGCGCGGAUCGCCAUGCCCAGCUGGGUCAUAGACCGGUACGGCAGCAACGAGGUGCUGCGCUUCACCAGGGAGAUGAUGUUCCCCAUCAUACACUUCCCGAACGAGGUCAUCAUUAAGGUUCACGCUGCGAGCCUGAACCCCAUCGACCUCAGCAUGAGAAGUGGUUAUGGCGCAACUGCGUUAAAUAUGAAGCGGGAUCCCCUGAAACUCAAAACGGGCGAGACUGAAUUUCCUCUAACGCUUGGUCGAGAUGUCUCUGGUGUUGUUAUGGAAUGUGGACUGGGUGUGUCCUAUUUCAAACCUGGAGAUGAGGUGUGGGCAGCAAUUCCCCCAUGGAAACAAGGCACUCUGUCAGAGUUCGUGGUAGCUAGUGGAAACGAGGUAUCUUUUAAACCAAAGUCUCUCAGUCACACAGAAGCUGCUGCCUUACCAUAUGUUGGUCUCACUGCGUGGUCUGCACUUAACCAAGUGGGAGGACUGAACCAAACUAAUUGUAGUGGGAAAAGAAUAUUAAUAUUAGGAGCUUCAGGAGGAGUUGGUACAUUUGCUGUACAGCUAAUGAAGGCCUGGGAUGCUCACGUGACAGCAGUUUGCUCUCAUGAUGCCAGCACACUGGUGAAAAAGCUUGGAGCAGAUGAUGUGAUUGAUUAUAAAUCUGGAAAUCUGGAAGAGCAGCUUAAAGCAUUACCCUUGUUUGAUUUUAUCCUAGAUAAUGUUGGUGGAUCCACUGAGAAGUGGGCACUAGAUCUCUUGAAGAAAUGGUCAGGAGCAACAUAUGUUACUUUAGUAACACCUUUCCUGAUCAAUAUGGACAAACUUGGAGUGGCUGAUGGCAUGUUGCAAACAGGAGUCACUGUUGGUUCCAAAACUCUAAAGCAUCUCCUUAAAGGAGUCCAUUAUCGGUGGGCAUUUUUUAUGCCAAGUGGCCCAAGUUUGGAUGAAAUAGCAGAACUGGUUGAUUCUGGAAAGUGCUGCAGAUUCUGAUGUUUGUGCUAAUUCAGCACAGGGACUUGGAAUAUUGUGAGCAUUCAUAAGCUUCUGGGGAAUAUUAGUGGACUUGGGGGGAAAAGCCAAGACAGAUUAAGUCUGCUUUUGUGAUCUUUUCAGGUUUAUGAGCUUGUUACAAAAUAUAUUUUGCGAGUGAACAGUUGAUUUCCUAUGUUUUGGAUUGUGUGGUGAUAUAGGCCCCAGCAGUGUCCCCUUUGGGAAUUUUGGCAACAUGAAAUUAUCCAAGAGUAGAGAAUAUGGACAACUGCUGUUAAUCUUUCUAUGUGGUAGCUAAUCAGAAGAGUAAGCGGAGUCUGUCAUGACUGCUGGUAAUUCCAGUAUG